UCACAAAUACAAAGGGCAAGAACUCUAACUAAUCCAAAGAUGGAGCCCACAUCGAGCAUGAGAAAAGACAGCGAUGCCGAGCGUAAAUCUAUACAAAAGAAAUCAGUGGCGGUCGCUCUUGAUUUACUCGAAGAGUCAACUGCGGUGAAGGAGAAACCACGCACAAGCACACACUACUAUGGCCAGGAAAUAGAUACAGAGAUCCAGCAUCGCAUGCAGUUCCGGGUGCUGGAGACCAUUGAUGAGCAGGAGGUCGAUCUGACGCCCAACUGUAUACCAGAUUUACCGCAAAAGGAAAAGUUCUUUAGACUCAACUUGCAGCUAGCGAAUGAAAUCAGCAAUUUGCCCGAUUUUCACACCAGAAACAGCUCAAUCCGAUCCAAAACACGGUCCAGCAUGCGAGGAGGAAUCGGUGGCAACAAGCAGUCGAUCGAUGAGAUCAUCAAUGGGAUAACAUACGAAACGAUCACAUUUGAACCAGCUACGGUCCAGAAAGUGGAAGAAGUACACAUUCCGGUGCCCUACAAGAAGUCCUUUGUAAAGGUCACGCUGCGUAAAUCGAUUUUUGUCGUAUUGCACUCACAGGUCAGCAACACGGUGGCAAAGGGCACCAGCCAAGGCGAUGUUGUCGAGGCAGACAACAAGCUCUAUGAGUAUCUGACUGUUGGCAAGGGUAAGGUGCGUCGUCGGGCCGACAACGAUGCCCAGACGAAUUUGGUUCUUACGAACACCCGAGCGAUGAACACAAUAGUUGUGGACUAUGCCACGGUGGGAUCAUAUGUGUCCAACUUUGAGAUGUAUGACACAAUGCAGGGCGUUGGCCAAAAACCAAAUGUUCAACUCACCAUGCACAGCUUGACCAAGCCGGCGGAUGAGGCACCAACACCUCGCAUGAGUGACGGCGGCACGAGUGCCAUGGACGAUGAUGAGGCCAAGGAACGUGGCAAGUUGCGUUCGAUGAUCCUCGAGCUAUUUAGAAAACCAGAGUUUAUACAAGCCACCCGAAUCAUUGGACGCACUCUGUCCAGUAAUCAAUUUGAUCACGGCAUGCAACGUUUUCGCAACUUUAAUGAGGUUCAUCGAUGCUCCCUGACAGUGCAAUACAAGUACUCGAUGAAGCUUCUAUUCAGAUUGAUACCGGCACCCAGCAGGGAGGAGCGCAAGGCGGUCAGCGACAUCAGUUUCUGUACGAGCAACAGUGACAUUCUGGCCAUUGGCUACGGUCUGUUCUCCUUCUCGUCACAGCAAGUGCCCGUCACUGGCGAGGUAUACGUGUGGAGCAUUAAGAAUCCGGGUGAACCGGAACGAACCUAUUACUACAAUCAGCCCGUGACUGCAGUCUGUUUCUCCCCCUAUCUGCCAACGCUGAUUGCGAUCGGGUUGUACGAUGGCAGUGUUGAGGUGCGCAAUGUGGCCGAUAUAACGAAUAUGCCCAUUGCUGUCUCUCAGCGGAGCAGCUCGCCCAGUUGUGCACCGGUUAUUGCGAUACGUUGGCUCAAACAGGAGCAGAAGGAUAGCAACGAAAUUGAUCCGUUUCUCUGCCUGUUGCAGGAUGGUUCCGUGACACGGUUUCGCAUCGGCAAAAGUCCGUAUCUGUUGCGGUUCACACAGAUGACGCUCGAGCGCAUCGAGGGUCAGCCCGAGGGCAUACGGGUGCCGAUAGCAACGACGACAACUGUGGCCGCCAAUAGGCAUCCACAGGGUUUGUAUAUAACCAUCCAUCCGGUGCAGAAGGAUAUCUAUUAUAUACUGACCGACGAGGGUUGCAUUCACAAGUGCUCCAUCAACUAUCAGCAUCAGUAUCUGGAGGUGCUCAAGUGUCAUGAUGGCGGUGUCAAUGUCAUGGAGUUCUCACCUUGGUCGCCCAAGCUAUUUCUCACCUGCGGCAACGAUUGGUAUGUGCGCAUCUGGGUGGAUGGCAUUACUCGACCCCUGAUCGAACUGCUGGAUGACUUUCAGCCCAUACACUGGGCCAAAUGGAGCUACACGCACUCAACAGUUAUCAUAACUGUAAAUCGAAGUGCCUGCAGCAUCUGGGAUCUGCGGCGUAACAUCCUAAAGCCAAUGGGCAAACAAACCACGGACUCCUCCUUCAACACAAUUGCCCAAUUCUCCAACAGCGGCACCGUUCUGGUCGUGGGCAACGAACGUGGCAAUACCCUGUUCCAGGCCAUCAAUGAUAUGCCUUUUUCACCACAUUUCCAGUAUGACGAAAUGGAGAAGGCCAUUUACAGAGCCAUUGGAAAUGAUCAGGAAUUGUUUAUUGAGCUGAAGAGCAUUGGAUUCUUUGGUUAUCCGAAUAAGAAGAAGCACGAAGACUAAGUAAAUUGGUUGGCAACUUAAUAAUGACAGAAAGGUUUUUGAAUAAGUUAGGAAUCGAUUCAUAAUAUUAUUAGAAUGUAGUACUUUGAAAUGAGACUUAUAAAUAAAGAAAUA